UAUCGCUGACUUCACAUUUCUCUGUCUUGUUAUGGUGCGGGACGCCCAGUGGAAACACCUUCUCUUGCUUGUCUGGAGAUUUUCUCUAUUUCAGUCUGAUCUGUGGUCAAAAUCAGGCUGAAAUAAUCACACUUGACCGGGGCGUUGAUGGAAAUAUCGAUGGAGUCGGAAGAGGGCGAGCGCAGAUGGGAACACUGGAAGCUUCUGUCUAAUCUGAAGACCACCGUUGAAGGGCUGCUGUCAACCAACAAUCCCAAUGUGUGGUCUCGCUAUGGGGGUCUUCAGCGUCUGCACAAGGACAUGAAUAAUAUCCUGGGUCAUGGCCUGAAACAUGAACAGGUUUACUACAAGCAAAAAGACUACUGGCGUUUCGUGUGGUGUGUGCGGUACCUCUGUCCUCAUCUGGCCCGUCACGUAGAACAGUUCAGUCAGUUGGAACCUGUGUUGAGCAGUGGCAUGCAGUGUUUCGGGGAGGGUUAUAAAGCUGAACGCUGGCUCUUACACAGUCUACAAAGUCACAUCUUAUCUGCACAGCUCAAGCCGCUACUGCAGCACAGAGCAAAUAUACAGAAAUACUACAAUGAUGGGGCCUUCCUUUUGAGCGAGCCACACGUGUGUGCCAUGUUCCAGUGUCUGGAGGCGGUGGAGCAGAAUAACCCUCGCCUGUUGGCCCUCAUCGAUACUGUCCGGCUUUCGCACUUGAAAGAGUCUCCAUCCCUGGGUUUGCUGAAGAGUCAGAGUAUGUGUUUGCUGCCUGGGGUGACAGGAAGUUGGAAAACUGCAGAUGACUCGCAGUGCCGCAGACUGACGGAGAUUCCCUGCACCCCACACUCCACCAACAGCUCAGAUUCUUUGCCGUCCAGCAGCACGCAGGGGGCUCCAUGGGUGUGCGGACGAAAUCAGAGCCCCCCGGACACGGGAAUACCUCACAUCGCCUUUACUGAACCCACCUCACCGGCUCCGGCUGAUAUCCGCGACUGUGCGGAAGCGGAUCUGGAUGACGGUCCAGAAUAUCUUGCUAUCGGUAAUCUGGGGAAGCGCAGACGGCAGGACUCAUCCAGCUCCACUCAGAGCAGUGAACACCCAGAAGCAAAGGGCUCCACCCACAUGGCUUUGGCUCCACCUCCAGCACGACGUUGCUCUUUCUCAGAGGCUCAGAAGAACAUGGGGCGGAGCUCCAAGGGACACAUACGGUCUCUGUCCGAUACAGGCAUCUCUCACAAACAGAAAAAUGGAGAGGGUCACAGGAAAAUCACCAUAAUUAUCGAGGACCCUGUCGCAGAAUCGGUUAUGGAUACACCGUGUUCGAAGAGCUGUGGUCCGUUCUCACCUCAGAUCAGUGACAGCAGCACUCACAGUUCUCUCUACAUGGAGUCUAAUGGUUUCCAGGACACCAGUAUCCCGGACGGUUUAUUCCGCAGACCCUCCGAGGGCCAGAGUCUGAUCAGCUACCUCUCAGAACAAGACUUCGGCAGCUGUGCUGAUCUGGAAAAGGAGAACGCCCACUUCAGUAUCUGUGAGUCUCUGAUAGCCGCCAUCGAGCUGAUGAAGUGUAACAUGCGCAGGCCGCAGGAGGAGGCGGAGGAAGAGGGCGAUAGCGACUCCGAGAUUCAACAACUCAAACAAAAGAUCCGCCUGCGCAGACAACAGAUACGACGCAGCCGACUGCAGCCCUCGACUGCUGCUUCACAUCACGGUGUUCCAUCUGUUGACAGCGCCGGCUCACGUAGGAGUUCCCAGGAUUCCUUUCACCCCUCUGACUCCGGCUCAGAUAGAGAAGUGGAGGACAUUGAGCUCAGAGAUGGCAGUGAAGGUCAAUCCCUGCUGGCGGUAUCUCAGAGCGGCCUGUCCCUGUCGCUCGCGUCCCUGUUUUCAGAUGCGGAUAUCAAACGCAGUGUGACAUCCAGCAGUAGAUCUUUCCUCAGUUCAGAGUCCAUUUCUCCAUCAAUGCUACAGUCUAACUCAGCCGAGACUGUAGCUAUGGGUCUCCUCCGACAGUUUGAGGGCAUGCAGCUGCCCGCUGCCUCCGAGCUGGACUGGCUGGUCCCCGAACAGGAUGCCCCUCAGAAGCUUCUUCCAAUACCAGAUUCUCUUCCAAUAUCUCCUGACGACGGCGAACACGCAGACAUUUACAAACUACGGAUCCGGGUCCGAGGGAAUCUGGAGUGGGCUCCCCCGAGACCACAGAUCAUCUUCAACAUUCAUCCGGCUCCAAAGAGGAAAGUUGAGGUCACCAAGCAGAACUACCGCUGUGCUGGAUGUGGCACUCGAAUCGAUCCAGACUACAUCAAGCGUUUGAGGUACUGUGAGUAUUUGGGCCGGUUCUUCUGUCAGUGCUGUCAUGAGAACGCACAGGCUCUGCUGCCAGGAAAGAUCCUUAGAAAGUGGGACUUCAGUAAAAGCUACGUCAGCAACUUUGCUAGAGAUUUACUUGCCAAGAUCGCUGGAGACCCUCUCUUCAACCUACAUGACAUCAACAGCACCCUGUACAAGAAAAUGAAAGCCCUGGAUACAGUGCGAGCACUGAGAGAACAGCUAAACCACAUGAAGAAUCUCUUAAAAACUUGUCGUUUGGCUAAAGAGGUGUUGGAUCAGUUCGACAUGCUUCCAGGACAUCUGACAGAAGACUUGCACCUCUUUUCUCUCAAUGACCUCACCGCUGUACGCAGCGGCAGCUUAGCCCCGAGGCUACGAGACCUGCUCCGCCUUGGCUCCAGCCACGUCACAGACUGUGUGCUCUGCCAGGCCAAGGGCUUCAUUUGUGAGUUCUGUGGAAACGACAAGGACAUUAUCUUCCCCUACGAGCUGAACAAGUGCCUGCGUUGUGAUGAUUGUCGUGCGUGCUAUCAUAAGACCUGUUUCAAGUGUGGGAAGGAGUGUCCUCGCUGUAAGAGACUGGCAGUGAGAAGGGAGCGCAUGGCUCGCAAGAACAUGGAGGAACAGGAGGACGGAGAGCAGGAGGCAAGCGGGACCUAGCACACGAAGUAACCAAAACCCUGUUUAAGAGCACAAUGAAACCGUGAAUGUAGUGACUGGUUUCAGCAACCCUUACUUGAUUUCCAUCCAAAAUAAGCUUCAGAAUAUCAAAGCUAUGAAGUUUUACGCAUAAACAAUGCGUUUCUGCAUUUUACAAUUUGCCAUUUUUUGAUUGCUUCUAUAGCCUCCAUCCCUAAAUGCUCCUAAAAGUGGGCCAAGUCUUGUGUGUAUGGGUAUUCAUGUUUUAGACGCCUCUCCUCUUUGUCAUAUUUGUUUUUUAAUAUUAUUACUGUCAUGUGCCUCUUUAAUGGAGUUUGUUUAUGGCGAGAAAAGCAACUCCGGGUGUUUUUGCACUAUGUUUGUUUUUCAAGAGCUUUCUAGAAGUGCCAGGGCCCAUUUUUUUGCUACGGAAGUGCACUGCUACAAUGAGACUCAUUCAUGAAGUUUGAAAAGAACAAAUUUCUCAUAAAACCUUAUAAAUAGGGCCCGUUAUUAUAUGAAUUAGUACAUUUAGUUCAGUGCAACAUACAAAUCAUAGAUGAGAAACUAACAGAACUAAUACGUGUGAAUAAUUGGUAAGACCAUUCUUGCGUAAAUUAUAUUGAAACUAAUUUAAAAAUCUUAAAACAAUGUAUUUUGCUCACUUGUAAAGCCAUUUUUAACGUUCAAAAUGUUUUGGUUUCACUUACAAUAUGUAAACACAAAUGUAUUAUCCUUGUUCGUGAAAACAUAUUUUUCAGAAAUAAAUAAUGGCAAAUUUAUUUUAGUCAUUUGUAAACGUGUGCAAAUUGAAUCGAAUAAACGGCAAACGUUUGUUCUUGCGAAUCAUGAAGGAGUCUCAAUUUACGUAAAAAUAGUUCCACAAACAAUUUUUCCAGUGUUUGUUCUGCUUCAAGAAUGCGGUCCAGUGGUCUUAUUAUUUUUACAUUUGACGUGUUUUUGCUUUAACAUUUUGCACCUACCAAAAAUGGCACUUUGUUUGUAUGUUUUCCUUCUCGUUGUGAAUUCUUCUCCUUGGAUAUUUAAUUUGCACUAGUUUAAUAAUGCUUGUGUAAAUGUGAAUGGUAUUAAUGUAUGAUUUAUCAAUCAUUCCAACAUCUCACUUUCCAUCCAAAAUCAGAAAUGGUCUUGAAGAGAGCCCAUAUCUGUCCAAUGAAAGUACUUUUGUAAAAGAAGACGAGUCAACCAAAGCGUUGUUUGCUUAUGAGAAUUUAUUACAUUAAUAAGUUAUAAUUCACUACAUAGUUUUAUCUGCUAAUGAUUUAACUUGGAAAUAUUGUACUCGGGAUCGCAUUUGUUCGCUGCUGUGAAUAUAUUUGAAGCAAUAACAUCCGUGCGCUACUUUGAAGUAUAUAACUUUAAUGCACUGACUGAAUGAAUGGAUAGAUUUGUAACAGUUUGAUCCUGCUGAUGUUCACUUGAGUGUAUUGUUAAAAUAACUGGAUUGCCUUUUUUAUUCAAGGGCUUUUGAUGAGUCAAAGUGCACUAUUUCAGAAAAUGUAAAUAACAUAUACAGUAUAAUUUCCUAUUGUUAUAUAUCUAUGUAACUGUUUAUUAAAGAUGUUUAG